ACCACCACAACCACCAUCCCUCUCCACUCCACCCCCUCAACCCACCGACAGCAUGUCCUCUGCCGUUCUCGCUCGCGUCGUGCGGGCAUCGCGCCUCUCCACACCAGCCUGCCGCAUGCGACCGAUGCGCAGCUUCCAGCCUGCCCUGCUCAGGCCCACCACCGCCUCAGCCUUUUCCACCGCAAGCAGGAAGCUCGCCGACCACGAUGCACACGAUCCACACCACGAGGAGAGCUUUGAGGAGUUCACUGCCAGGUACGAAAAGGAGUUUGAGCAGGUCCAGGAUGUCUUUGAGCUGCAACGCAACCUGAACAAUGCCUUUGCAUACGAUCUCGUGCCCUCUCCAUCGGUCAUCAUUGCGGCACUCCGAGCGGCACGGAGGGUCAAUGACUACCCAACCGCUGUGAGAAUAUUUGAGGGAAUCAAGGCAAAGGUGGAGAACAAGGGCCAGUACGAUGAGUACAUUCAGGAACUCAAUGGCAUCCGAGAAGAGCUCGGCAUCAACCUCAAGGAGACCAUGUACCCCGAGCUGGCGUAAUGGACGCGACGAUGCAUGAGAUGUAAACACGAUAGAAGAUCAGAGCGCAGCAGAGCAGAGGCUGGACAUGGACUUGAAGCAAGCGAGGGAAGUGUGAAGACAGAGGAGCACGUUGUCGCAGCCGGCGCGCUCUGAUAUGCUACAAUAGCCUUGCUGAGCAAUGUACAUUUUUCUCUACUUGGACGCUGUGCGAUAUCAGUGUACACAAGAGGUAUGGGUGAUCUGGGUCCGACACGAUACGGAGCUGUCGUGCCGACUUUCCCACCGAAGAGUGGUGGUAUCCCAGAUCUGCUCGUUCACAGUCCGCGGAACAUUGCGCCGGGUCUGCGAUUGAGAUGCAGCCAUAGACCACAUCAACGUCCCACUAAAUUCUCACAACAGAUUCUUG